UCACAUUCAUCUCUCUCUACCACUUUGACUUGCAGAGUCACAUAUCCAAGUACUCUCUUCAAAAAGCUUCAAGAUGACAGAAUCCAUUUAUGGGUUCUCUAACUCAUAUGAUUUGUGACAUGGGUUUUCUUCAUUUCAUAUGAUUUCACCUCAAAGUUUCAAUCUUUUUCAUUUUCCCAUAAAAAAAAAUGGACCAAAAAAUCCUUCCUUCUCAAUACCAAAAGCCUUAUACUCUCAUCCCACCACCACCCCUACCACCGCCGCCGCCACCGCCGCCGUUUGAACCCACCGGCGCCGGAGCAAACUACAACAACAAUGUGAGUCCAAGUGUUCUGCUAAUAAUAAUAAUUCUUGCCAUUAUUUUCUUUGUUUCUGGUUUACUUCAUCUUCUUGUAAGGUUUCUUGUGAAACCCUCAAAUAGAGACCCUGAUGAGUUUGACAAUGUGACUGCACUUCAAGGUCAACUUCAACAACUUUUCACUCUCCAUGAUUCUGGAGUUGACCAAUCUUUCAUUGACACACUUCCUGUGUUUGUUUACAAGUCUAUAAUUGGUGUGAAACACCCUUUUGAUUGUGCUGUUUGUUUGUGUGAGUUUGAAGGGGAUGAUAAUUUGAGAUUGUUGCCUAAAUGUAGUCAUGCUUUUCAUAUGGAUUGUAUUGACACUUGGCUUUUGUCUCACUCUACUUGCCCUCUUUGUAGAAGUAAUUUGCUUGUUGAUUAUUCUCCAAACACUUGUUCACCAAUUGUGCUUGUGCUUGAGUCUGCUACUGGUGAGAGUAGUAGAGAGAUUGUGACUGAGCCCACAAUGCAAAGAGUUAGCUCACAAUUUAGUGUUGAUGUGAAUCUUGAUGAAGGGCUUGAGCCGAAUGCGUCGAAUUCGGGUCAAAGUGAGGUCAAGGAAGAGGAGGAUAGAGAGAGAGUGGUUAGUGUUAAGCUAGGGAAGUUCAAGAAUGUGGAGAGUGGUGAGGGUGGUGGUGAAAAGGGUAUUAUUGAUGGUAGAAGGUGUUUUUCUAUGGGUUCAUUUGAGUAUGUGAUGGAUGACAAUACAUCAUUACAAGUACCAAUUAGGACCCAAGUCAAGAAACAAGCUUACAAGAAGUCAAACCUCCCAAUCACCCCGGGUCACAGGCCGGCAAUGUCGGAGUGUGGUGACGAUUCAAGGCGGGAAUUUAAAGGAAUCGAGGCGUUUAGAACGGUUAGUGGUGGAAAUGGUGGCUGCAGUAUCAGGAGGGAGAGCUUUUCGGUGUCCAAGAUUUGGCUUAGAGGGAAGAAAGAGAAGCCCAAUUCGACAGCGGCUACCGUUGAGCCACUGCCGAAGGGGGCUUUCUCGUUGCAGUUUUUGCUUCGCCAGAACGUUAUCGGAGAUGAAUCAAAGGCUUCUGAGAUGGGUUGUGAAGAUCAAGAAACACAUUGUAACAAUUUUGAUCAACAAGGGACUUCAAAUCCACCAUCUUUUGCAAAAAGGAGUUUGCUUUGGUUUGUGGGCAGGCAGAAAAAUAAGGUUGUUCAUUCAUCUAUGUCCACAAAUGUUUGAAAUUUUUUGCACCCAAUUAUGUUGCUAUCUUUAUGUUAGAUAAUUGAAGCAUAUUUUCUUAAAGAUUCUUAUGAGUACAAAGGAAAUCAAGAUUUUAUCAUAUUGAAGAAAACUCCUACAAAGUUUAUGCAUUUUCAUUGGAUUA